AUGCUCUUUGUCUGCUGCGAUCGCACAGUUCAACAAUCGGUUCGGAAUUCAUUAGUUGACCAUGAAGCAUUACAAGAAACCCCAUUCGGUCAGCUUCCGGUGCUCGACGUCGACGGCACACAGAUAGCUCAAUCGCUGGCGAUCUGCCGCUAUCUGGCUAGAAAAUUCGGAUUUGCUGGCAAAUCUCCAAAAGAUGAAGCUUUUGUUGAUAUGUUAGCUGAUCAGUACACUGAUUAUCGCACUGAAAUCAAACCAUGGCUGUAUGUUGCUGCUGGAAUGAAGGAGGGUAACGCGGAAGAACUCAAGAAAGACGUCUUCAUGCCGGCACGCAAAAAGUACUUGGAUAUCAUUACCAAAUUUCUAAAACAGAACAAAUCCGGUUUCUUGGUUGGAGAUUCAGUCACAUGGGUAGAUCUGCUUGUAGCUGAACAUAGUUCCACGAUGCUUCACUUCGAUGCAAAGUUCGUUGAGGGAUAUCCUGAGGUGAAAGCUCACAUGGAGAAAAUCCAGGCAAUUCCAAAUAUCAAGAAAUGGAUCGAAACACGACCAAAAACAGAUUUUUAA